CACAGCAAUUCUGCCGCCGUUGGGAUUUUCUUUUGUCCCAGCGGGCUACUCUUUGCUUUCAUGGUCGGGACCGAUUGGAACCGGAGCUAUGUCGGGUUUGAUGAGCCCCUGUGUCGCAGGGUUACAUGAUUUGGAUCCAUAAAAGAGUAGCUUCGCUAGGGUGCUUCGCCCCGACCACGAAGAAUGCCAUCAAUACUCAGACGAUCUCGUCGUCGCGAGUUAACCCUCACGCCGUCAUUCACGAACGCAAUCCAGGAAAAGGUUCACCCUCUGCACUCGUUCCUAGUCGAUCGCGCCGAUUUUCGUCCCCCCUCACCAUCAUCUUCAACAGCAAACUCUCCUGACAUCUUUCGCCCUUCUCUGACGUUUUCUCUCUACCGUAGUCCAAUUUCCAACCUCCAACAUCAUCCCAUUCACACACUCCCUCCCGAGCUUCUCAUUUGUAUCUUUGAGCUGGGGUCGUUUGACGAUGCCCUAUUCCUUAUCACCAUCUCGCAUGUCUGUCAUCCAUGGAGGAUGCUUGCUAUACACACGCAUACCCUCUGGCGGCGUCUUUCGUUUGGUUCUCAUGGAUUGCGUCUGUGGAAGGAACGCAUAGCCCGCGCCCGUGGGUGUUCCCUCGACGUUGCAAUUACACCUUUGCAGCACCAUUUUCCCGAUAUGGAUGCGUUAGCCCAGCAGCUGCAUCUUCUUGUCCCACACAUAUCCAGAGCGCGCUCAUUGGAGCUGCGGUUUUCAACUUACUCGCCGUUCUUAUGGAACACUGCUCUCGGCCCUAUAUGCCGUCAAGAGCAACGUGAUGACGACAUGGGCAGACAUCCUUUUCCUCCAUUUGUGCACGCGAUGCAACUGGAGGAACUUACUCUGUGUUUUCCAGCAAAUGAUGACACAAAGGAGUUUGCUCUUUUCGCAGGCGUUGCACCUCGGCUGCAUAGCGUCACGCUUGAUGGCAUUCGUCUGACCUGGCUUCCAGAGCUUUAUGGACGCCUCACAUAUCUCGACUAUACUCAUCACGGGUUCACAGCUGGGCCAACCGCCGUGGAUGAAGUUCUAGGAAUGAUUCGAGUUUCAUGCACACUACGCGAGCUUCGCAUAUGUUUUAGGAGACGAGUGCUGGAUGGAGAAGUUUUGUACCUACGCCACGAUGACCUUCCCGCAGGACAGACUCACCUUCUGCAGCUCGAGCGACUCGUUCUUGCCGUCGACGAAUCGGAUGUCGACAUACCUGCUGAGCUUACAUCGCUCUUGUCCCGCCUUUCUGUGCCCAGCCUUCUCGAACUACAUCUGGUUGACUUUCGCUUUCAACCCGCUAACAGACGCUGGUGGAAGCCAGCGCCAUUUCCCGGGCUCAGAGCUGCUCUGAGCCUUUUUCAUGUCACAAUACCAACCAGCACCAAGGUUCUGACGAUGGUGGGCCGCUGGGCAGAUCAUUCUUCCAUUCCUGCCCUCGCGAAACAUUUCAGAGAACUUCACAGUUUGGAAGUAGAUGGUGUUGAAAUGGAUCUUGUUCACUUGUAACACCUCAGUGGAGAUUUGCCACUGCAUGAUGAAGCGUGGAUAUAAUGAGGAAUAUACCUUUUCUCCCUUCUUUGCAAUAGUAGACGAGAUCCCACAUAUCAUUCCUAUAGGAUCCACACGUGAGUCAAAUUCGGUGAACUGAAUACAAGACCUGUUUAAUUUCUGCAGCAAUGGACUUCUGCCACACAUCUAUGAUUCCUGAUUGGGAUUUACACAGUCUCGUUGCCAACACACGCCUUUUGUCUUAUCUGGAUGGCACCGCGGACCUACAGCAACUAGAGUCUGCCACGGACCAAC